AUGAAUCUAUGGCAUAUUUAAGCCUGCUAUAUGAAUUUUAUAGUGUAUCGUAGUUAUCAUUUCAAUUUGAAUGGAAUCAUUUCGUAAAACAUCAUGAUUUUUGCUAACUCAUAGUUUUUAAUUUUGCAAUAGAAUUAUUUGGUUACUAUCUAUCAAAUAGAUGUUCCAGAGAAGGUCUUAAAAGAAGCUAUUUUGGAGAAUGAUGAAAAAUUUGAUUUAACAAGAUUCCUCCAUUUUGACUAAUCAAAAAGCAUCUUGUUUGAGUUUGGCUACCGCUUUAUAGCUUAUUUGGUGGACAUCCCUAAUUUAAGUGGAUAUUUCCCCAAAGGUUAAACCUCUGGUAGCUUUACACUCUAUAGGACAAUCUUAGAUGUCAUAGAUCCUCGAUGUAAAGUUAAAAUAAAUUAUACAUUAUUGAGUGAAAAUGACUCUCUAAUUUAUGAGACAACUCAAAGUGAUACAUCGAUAAACUAUGUUGUAAUAAACAAAGGUUUUAAUCAAAUAAUCGAAAACUAUUCGGGAUCCUUAUUAUAGUUUUCCAGUUAAUUUUCAGAAAUGUUUGUGGGAGAUUUCGAACUAGCAAUUCUUUAAUCAGUAAAUUCAACAAUUAAUCUGAAUUUUGAGCUUGCAUCUAUGAUGAAUUUAAUUUAAUAUUAACAUAAAUAUAAGAUUUUUAUAGCAGGGAUACAAAAUGAAACCCUUUAUUUUUAGUAUGGCUCUCCAAGUCAAGUCUACUAAGUAUAUCAAUAGGAUUUGAAUUAAUCGGACAUUUAAUAAAUUUAAAUGGCAUACAAUUUAGAAGGUGCUAUUUUUGUGAGCGUUUCAAUUGCUUCAAAAUAAAUAUUGCUUUUUACAUAUAACUUACCAAUCUCAUCUGCUAGUUAUAUUGAAGUAACUGUUCCACCAUUUCAAUCUAUUUUGUAGAAUUACAAUUGCAUUAUUGUAUUAACAAAGAGAGACGAAAUACUUGUUGUAACUUUGAGCAAUAUUAUUAAUUUUGAAUUGCAUUCAGAUAAUAUAAAGCAAUUUUUUCCAUUUGUAUCAAAAUUUAAACCAACUGCAAUGGCCUUAAAUUAAUUUGAUUAAUCCUCCAUACUAGUAAUCGGUAAUGAACAAUAGAUACUAAUAUGCUCAAUUACAAAUAAUGCUAUUUUAAUUCCAUUAUUGGUGUAGGAUCUAGACUUUAUUGUUUACGAUAUUAAAGUAACAAAGAACAAAAUAAUACUUAUAUACAAAUAAGAUAAUUUAUUAACUAUGUGUUUUUAAGUUUGGGUCAUGGUGGAUAUGAAAAGCAUCAUCUUAGAAAAGAAUUUGAUAUGCACUUCAUAUGAUGAAUACGAGAUGUCAGCCUCUGAUAACUAAUUUUUUUUUGUAAAAUUAAAAUCAGAUACUUUGCUAGUCUAUAACCCAAACUUGCCCUAACAUAUGUCUCUCUAUUACACUUUCCAUUAUAAUUAAAGUUAUUUGGCUUGCACUUAUGUCGAAGAAUUUUCGCAAUUAUUAUAUAAUGGUAAUUUUUAUAAUUUGUACCCCAUAAUGGUGAUGAAAUUUACUCCUAAUCUUUCGCUUUAUCACCCAACUUAUGAAAAGGUUGUUUCUUAUUAGUUUAACAUUACAUCAGGAUUAAAUAAAGAUACCUAUUAAUUGACUCAAAAUUAUACUCUCAGGUUGAUUAACUCCUUUGCUAAUAUCACACUAAAUGAAUUUGAUCAAUAUAUAUAAAAGGAUGAAGUUGUUAUUUUGAGGUAGGAAAAUAUAACCAACAAUUCACAGGUAGUAUCGUUUAACAUUGUGGAUUCCUCUUAUGAGCAUAGUCAAUGCAUUUUGAAUAAUUUAUUGACUUAAUUAGACCUAUAUAGUUAUAAUUAAAAGUACAAUAUUCUUACUGCUGUUAAUGGACAAUUUGUGUUACAGAACUAAAACAAUAUAGUAGUAUUAGGAUAAUCACCUUAGAAAUAUACAUAUAAUUUUAUUAUAAAAUGCUUGCAAUCCUUUACAUCUUAUACAACUUUAUAUUCAAUUUGUUUAAAUCAACUUGAAUAGUUAGUUAUAAUUUCAUUUAUUAUAAAUGGCCUCGACAUAUAGGAAUUGCCAACAUAUGUUUUGUAAUAGACUCCAAGUCCCCAACCACUACAGUUUAUAGUUUUAUUUGAAAUUUACUUUAUUUUAGGAGAAAUGAAUAAUCAAUGUGAUGUGUUUAUCUUUAUUCCUCCGACAAAUUCUUUAUUAAAACUAACAGAUUGUAAGAAUUGCACUUAUUUUAGUGUUACUAACUUUAGAAACACAACCUAAGCUUCUCAAAGGAUUUCUUUAAUUUCUGUCUUUUAUGUAUGUUCCUACUCAUUGUACUACAAGAUACUGAAAUAUAAUCAAAUAACUUAAGAUUUGUAAAUAAUAACAAAGGAAUAAGAAAUUAAGUUAGAAAAGAAGAUCCAAAUAGAGUAACAAUUCAAGCCCUUUCAAUUUUUGGUUGUGAAAAAUUACUAUUCAGAAAUUAUAGUAUUGUUGACUACCGCUGAUUUUUGUACUCUAAUCCUAUCUUUGGCGUAUGAUUCGCCAAAAUUUCAAUAUCAGGCAUAAUAAAUUAUUGGAACCAUUCCUCCUUAUGGUAACUCUACCUUAAUAAAUUCUCAAUUGGCUGAUGGCCUAUUGAUCAAUACUUACAAAGGUGAAAAUGACGUAUAUUAUUAUACAUUAUUUGACUUGAUUAAAAUUAAAGUUACUGAUCUAAGCCAACCAUUACUCAUGAUUGGUGGUUUAGCUCCAUAAAACAGUCAAUAAAUGGUAGCUGUAGUAUAUGAUAUCAAAAAGUAAAAUGGUUUAUUAUAUUAAUCCGGUUACAAUAAUGGAACUCUAUAUAAUAUCACUCCUAUGUCAAUCACUUGUAAAUUUAAUCUCAGCAUAUUCGCUAAGUCAGAGAAGUUUAAAUACUAGUUAUUCGCAGAGAAUGCAUUUGGGCAAAAUUACACAGAGUUGACUUUUAUAUAUUAACGAAAUCCAAAUAAUUGGGUUUAUGGAUUAAUAUCGAUUGUAGGCUUUUGUUUAAUAAUAGCAAUAUAUAUUUAUUGGAAAAAACUAAGAACGGUUAAACCCAUAAACUAUGAUUAUGGGAAUGAAUUUGAACUUUGA